AUGUUGCCGGAUCCGGUCACAACAUUGCCAUUGACGUUGACUAGGUAUGUGCAGUCCAAGAAAGGGGUAUGGGAUGAUACCAUUUAUCAUCCCUUCGUAUGGCUACCUAGGCUAAUUACAAGUUGGCUAAAGACUGCAAAAGGACAUCCAGCCGUACCUUUUAUUUUUGUUUUUUCAAGGGUGGCUCGUCACAGCAAAAAAGGUUUAAUAAUCAAAGAUAUCGCCGAGUACAAUAUAAUAAUGUCAAAUUUACAAACGCCAUCGCUCAUUAUGCCACAUAUCACCCAAUUUUGGCACUCUUCUGCUACGCUUUGGCCCACGUAAUCCUUCGCGUCAUCCCUUUCUCUUCCACAGAAUUGAGUCAAGUCUUUCCCCAUCCAGAAUUCUGUCAAUGAGUUCAAUGAUUACUUUCUUCUAGGCGAAUUCAGUUGAAGUUUAUUCGCUUCUUGACCGAGGAAUGGAAUCCCGUCUUUGGGAUGCAUUUCGUGCAUAUCCCAGGAUAGUACGUGAAGCUUAUCAAGACGACGACGCCGUUUAUCAACGCCAUCUACAGGUUCUCAAGGUAAAUCUUGGUCCAAUGUUUUGAUUUCUCUCCUAUUUUUAGCUAGUGAUCUUCAUUCUGGGUAACUUAACAUGUAUUAUUGGCACCUUCGUCUCGAAAAGCAUAAUUUACCUACUUGCAACCAACAUCGGAGUGAUUCCACCACAAAGAGAUAUCCAUUUCCUCCAGAAAUGCAAGGGUAAGAUAAUUAAAUUAGAAUUUGGUUAAGUUUAAAGUUUUGUUCAUGUUUAUCACAUUUUAGAGCCAAUCCAUAAUCAAAAUGCCACCCAUUUCGCGUUUCUUUGUGCUUCUCUUUGGGUUAUUCAGUCCGCGCCGGAUAUUUGUGCCGUGAUCUUCAAUAUUUACAAGAAGAACAAGGAAAACGACAAGAAAUCCAAGGUUCUUCGACAGGUAUGAAGUCUAUUUUGUUUUUAUUGAUUUUUAGAUUGUCUUCCUGGAAGCAUGUCGAUCUACAGGACUAGGUCUUUUGAUCACGGGCGUGUUCCCCAUGCUGGACAUCCCCAGGUGUAUCCUCCUCUCCUGCGCCAUCGUUAUGUUAUCGUAUUUGAAGCGAAUCUUCAAUAACAUUAUCAACCACGCAUUUCUGGACCAAGACCGAAGCAACUGCUCUCGGUUCCUUUCCUUGAUGGGUGCAUUUCCCCUGAUUAUUUGUUUCUUCGUCUUGGCCUCUGGAUCCAUGGUGUAUGUGUGGCAAGAUUCGGACAACAAGUUCCUUCAAGUGCUCCCACUGUCCAUGAUCUUGUGUUCCAUUGGAUAUUGGGAAUCGUGGGUUGAUAUUGAGAGCAAAGGAGGGUUUUUUGACACAGCGUUCAGAGUAAGUAUGCUUUCAUAUAUUGCACUUGAUUAUUUAGAUAAAGUAUGGAGUCAAAAAGUUGAACUACAAGACUCGAGCGUGUUGCGCUGCCAUUCGGCUGAUAUGUUCGUUUUGUGUCCUCUAUUGGGCAUUAAGGCAUCAUGGAGUUCCAGUAGGGACGCUUCUCAAAUCUUUUGUCCAUUGGAAUUCUUUGAAAGGAGAAGGGUAAGAGAAUUUUGAGUUGUUUUCGUAUGAUCAUGUUGUGCAAUAUUACAGUUUGGUUGCUUUUCAGACGUCUAUUCUUCCUUGCCUACAUCGCUGUGUUUGCCAAUUAUUACGUCAGAGUUUGUUCACGCUUUUUGGCAGCUAUGAAACUCCGUCUUCUGCCAAUCCUUCAUCCCGUCUUCAUCACCCCACCGAUCAUGUUUAUUGUCUACCACUCGUUAUGUCAUUUUCUGGCAGUUUGUGAGCUUAACAGUGUUCUCCAUCCCCUCCGACUGAACCUUGUAUGCAAGAAGUACGCGACUGGUGGUGGAGUUGUCCCCGAUUAUUGGUUGACUCCGCUCUACAUGGCACUCUACUUGAUUUGGAGUUACACUUUCAUCACCGGGGAGACGUAUAAUGUUGCGGAUGAUAUGUAAGUUGCAUUUUUAUUACAUUACCCUUGCUUUUAGAAUCGAGAGUAUGCCUCCAAUGCUUGCUGGUCUGGAUGUGAUGCAAUCUCAAGUAAUCUUCAGAUACGUGGUUGACACCCAGUUCCUAACAGAAGGCGAUGAAGAAGAAGAUGAGGAAUCUGAUCUCAGGAUUAUAAACACGGAUGUGGAUAAAGUCAUAACGUUGUAUGUUUGUGCAACAAUGUGGCACGAAACACAUAUGGAGAUGACUCAGAUGUUGAAAUCGAUAUUCAAAUUGGAUGAAGAGCACUCUAGAAGACUGGCCGAAAAGAAUUCAAAGGAUCGGAUCAAGUUCAGAUUGGAAGUCCACAUUUACUUGGAUGAUGCUUGGGAGAAUGACGCGGAGUGUGGAAGGAUCCCCAAUGCAUACUUUAAGCAACUAUUCGAAUUACUUAUUGAUUUGACCAGGUGCGUUUUUUAUUUGAUACUAUAUUGUGUUGUUUUAGUGGAGAUACAACUUCCGCCGAUCCCCAUUCUCGAGUUCUCCUUAACACUUCGUAUGGCGGACGUCUUGUUAUGCGUUUGAAUGCAGGAACUCUCCUGUUUGUUCAUCUGAAAGACAAAAGUUUAAUUAGGAAUAAGAAAAGGUGGUCGCAGGUAAGUUGUUCUUAUGAAUAUUGAACGUUUCCCAUGCAUAAUACAAUGGUUUGUUUGUUUCAGGUGAUGUACAUGUAUUAUCUUCUCGGCCAUCGUAUCAUGGACUCUCAUAUGAGUGUAGAAGAUAAACAAGUCCAAGCAGACAACACCUAUCUGUUGGCCAUUGAUGGAGAUUCCAAAUUCGAACCCAGCGCUGUCAUCAAAUUGAUCCACAUGAUGAAUAUCAAGAGUAAUAUAGGAUGCGCCUGCGGAAGAAUCCAUCCGAUUGGAGAAGGGAUUAUGGUAUGGUAUCAGAAGUUCGAAUACGCGAUUGCUCAUUGGUUUCAAAAGUCGGCCGAGCAUGUGUUUGGCUGUGUUUUGUGUGCUCCUGGCUGCUUUUCCUUGUUCCGGGCCUCAGCUUUGAUGGAUGAUAAUGUCAUGAAUAAGUACACCAAGACAGCAUCAGAGCCAAGACAUUUUGUUCAAUAUGAUCAGGGAGAAGACCGAUGGCUCUCGACUUUGCUAUUGAAACAGGUAAGUAAUUGUAAAAUGUAAGGUAAUAAAUUCCUUUCAGGGUUAUCGGAUUGAAUACGCGGCUGCUGCGGACGCUGAGACAUACGCUCCAGAAGGCUUUGAAGAAUUUUUCAAUCAGCGCAGGAGAUGGACUCCUUCUUCUGUAGCGAAUACCAUCGAUCUUCUAGCCGAUUAUCGAUUGGCGACCAAGAAUAACGAGAGCAUUUCUAUGAUGUAUAUCGCCUACCAGAUGGUGGUAAUUGGCUUCUCUAUGCUGGGUCCUGCCAUCAUCUUCAGUAUGCUGGUUUAUGCACAGGUAUGUAUACCUUUUAGUUUCAAUGUUCUUGUUUUAGGUGUCAGCCUUCUCGAUUGACUCGGCUACUCUUUUGUAUUGGAACGCCGCUCCGAUUAUCUUCUUCAUCUCCAGCUGUUUUUUGGCCGAAUCCAGUUUUCAACUUGCUUUUGCCAAGUAUGCUUCUGUUGUAUAUGCCUUUGUGAUGUUGGCUGUGCUGAUUGCUACAACCAAUCAAAUUGUACUUGAGAGUAAGUAGUUUUACGAGGAUUGUUAUAAAUGACUGUUAUUGUGAAAUUAUUAUGUAAUUCCUUUUAGCCAUAUUUUCACCGACGUCUAUGUUUGUCCUGGGAAUGGUGUUGAUCUUCCUGUUCGCCUCAUUCGUUCAUCCGAAGGAGUUCAGAAAUAUCCUUUUUGGGUUAAUCUUUUUCUUGAUGAUCCCCUCAACUUAUGUCUUCUUAUCCUUGUACUCUCUUAUCAAUUUGAAUGUGAUCAAUUGGGGGACAAGAGAAGCUGUAAACAAGGCCAUGGGAAAGGAAAAGAAGACCGGAGGAUUUUUGGAAGGCCUUCUGAAGAGAUUGGGCAUUGGAGAAGAAGACUCUGCUUUUUCCAGAUUGAUGUCUUCAUACUUCAUUCAAAACAAAAAUAAUGACACGAUAAAAGAAUUAGAAGAACGGUUGAAUCGGACGGAAAAGAUGCUGCAUGAAGUGAAGGUAAGGGCCUUUGAUAAGUGAUUACCUUGUUCUAGGAUGGGGAAACUUUGAUCCGGGGUGUUGGGGGAGAAUUGGAAAAGAAUUUGGACAAGGAGAAGCUGAAAGAAGAUGAACAUGCAAAGGCCGGACGAUUGAUCAAGAAGAAAUAUGAUGACAAUAAGAAUUUGGAUGGACAGCCCGCAAGAUUCUUGUGGAUGGAUGCAGAAUAUCUCCAAGGAUGUGAUCGAGGAGUCCUCAAGUCGGCCGAAGAGAAGUUCUGGGAUCAAUUGAUUGAGAAGUAUCUAAAGCCAAUGGAAUCCUCCAAGGAAGAGCAAGCUGAUAUUGCUGACGGAUUGGUCGGACUGAGGAAUCGAAUUGCCUUCUCCAUCAUCUUACUAAAUGGUUUACUAGUUCUGGCUGUGUUCUUGUUGCAACGACACAAGGAUGUGUUGUCCAUUCAAUUCACGCCUUAUGGUGAGUAUUGUAUUGUUUUUUUGUUAUUGGUUUAGAUGGCUUCAAAUGGACCAAGAUGAAUGAGACUACUGGAAAGUUCGAGAAGACAGACGAAGCCUUGAAGGUGGACCCCCUUGGAAUGGGAAUCAUCUUCUUCUUGUUCGGGAUAUUGAUUAUCCAGGCAAUUGGAAUGAUCAUCCAUAGGUUGAAUACUCUCGUCGAAGCCCUGCAUGAAGUGUCGGAGAUGGAACCUGCCAAAGGAAGGUCCGAACAGUUCGCUCACCACCAAAAUGUUCUCGAAGAAGGUCUGUCAUUGUUUUUACUUUCAGUCUAUAUAAAUGUAAUAAUUGAAUUAUUAUUUCAGCUCGUCAAAUGCUCGCUACAGUAUCCUAUGAGGAAGCACAUGGAGGACAAGGCUAUGUUCGGAAGGGAAUGGAAGACGAAUCCUCGAAUCGGAAUGUCCUUUACAAACUCCACAAACAAUUUAAUAGCUAA